AUGGCUGUGGCCGACAGCAGUUACGUCUUCCGGCUGAUUGAUGUCGGCGCCCCUGGUCGCAUGAGUGACGGCGGGGUCUUAAAGAGGUCCCCAAUUGGCCAGCGUCUCCAAGCUGGCUUGCUCGGACUGCCGUCCCGUGCCCAGCUCCCCGGCUCCAAGAUGAUACUGCCCUACACAUUCCUGGGCGACGAGGCCUUCCAGUUGAGGCCCGACUUCAUGAGGCCAUAUCCUGGGUCGAGGGAGGAACCAGCCGAGCGCUGUUUCAAUUACCGACUGAGCCGUGCACGGAGGUGCGUCGAGAACUCAUUUGGCAUUCUGGCUGCCAGAUUCAGAAUAUUCAGGGGGCCCAUUAAGCUAAAACCUGAGAACGCAGAAAAAGUUGUGAAGGCCUCCUGUGCUCUGCACAACUUCUUGAGCCUUGAAGUCGAAGGGCGGUCGGCGUACUGCCCUGCGGGCUUCGCAGACCAUGAGGAUGCCUUCGGCAAGGUUGUUCAGGGCCAGUGGAGGAAAGAAACUGCCACAGACACGGCCACCUUCGACCUGGAGCCCACCCACGCAAGGAGGAGCAAGGAGACUGCACAGGCAGUGCGUGACCACUAUGCGCAAUUCUUCAUGAAGGAAGGAAGAGUGCCCUGGCAGUGGAAGAUUCUAGAUAUAAAAGAGCCAGACAACUGAACAUCUUUGGACAAGUGGAGCACUUUGCUUACUUUACAGGUUUUUAGUCUAUGUGGUAGUUUUUAUUGUAAUUAGUGUGUAGAAAAGAGCCAAGAAAGUUUUUGAAUAAAAGAA